AUUGUUGAAAAGCGGAGGAAACUCCACUGCAAUCAUUGUGCAACGCUGGAACAAGCCCCUGCGCUGUGAUUGAGAUGUUGGAGGAAAAGACAAGUUAAAUCAUUUGUUGCUGCGAAUGUCGGUUAGUCAAACAGGUCGAAUGAACGAGAAAUAAUUAUUAAUCCGGGGAUUUCCCCAGUUUUUGUGAGGAUGAGCAUGGAAGAUUAUGACCACCUUUUCAAAAUUGUGCUGAUUGGAAAUGCAGGAGUGGGGAAGACCUGCCUGGUUCGUCGCUUCACUCAGGGUCUUUUCCCACCUGGUCAGGGUGCAACUAUAGGAGUGGAUUUCAUGAUCAAAACUGUUGAAAUCAAUGGCGAAAAAGUCAAGCUGCAGAUCUGGGACACGGCCGGACAAGAGCGGUUCCGCUCCAUCACCCAGAGUUACUACCGCAGUGCCAACGCCCUCAUCCUCACCUACGACAUCACCUGCGAGGACUCCUUCCGCUGCCUUCCGGAGUGGCUGAGGGAGAUCGAGCAGUAUGCCAACAGCAAGGUGGUGACCGUCUUAGUAGGGAAUAAGAUCGACCUGACGGAGCGGCGGGAGGUCCUCAGGGAGCGGGCGGAGGAGUUCGCGGAGGCCCAGAGCAUGCUGUACUUGGAGACCUCCGCCAAGGAGUCGGACAACGUGGAGAAGCUCUUCCUGGACCUGGCCUGCAAGCUGAUCCGUGAGGCCAAGCAGAACUCGCUGGUCAACAGCGUGUCCUCGCCCAUGCCCGGCGAGGGGAAGACCAUCAGCUACUUGAACUGCUGUAGCUAGUCGGGGCCAGGCUACAGCCACAGCGACGGAGGACCACUAGGGGGCGCUCUCCACCGACUAAGGGGGAGGAGGAGGAGGUCUGUGCGCUCCGAUUUGCCCGCUCCUUCUCGAGUUCGUAGCGGACAGAGCACCUUCCAUGUUCUCGCGGGCCAGUCCCUGUCCCCUCUGGAGCAGAAUGUUGUCCGCUCACGUGACUGCUCACGGGGACGGCCACGCCCCUCAGACAUAAAGGGAAAUGAACCCAGCCUUCGUUUUAAUCUCCAGAAGCCAGCAGUGGUGUUGUAACAUUAGUUUUUAUAUUUUAUUAACCACUACCAAUAUUAUUACUGUUCAUAUUAUUUUGCAGAGGAGCCACACACAUCUAUUUAUGUGUGGACAGAAACAAAAACUUAAAAAAACAAAUAACAAUCUUGAGUAUGGGAGAAUAUCCAUGACAAUGGAGUCAUUUCUACACCACAAACACCCCUAGACUUCUGCCCUCCUGGGGACAGUUGUAGCUUAAGCUUAGAAUGGCUUAUUCUGGUUCCUAUAUAACAGGAAUUAAUAUUUUAAACCAAGUAUUUUGCAAAAAAAUUGUUUCUUUAGGUAUUGUACAAGUGAUAGACCAUUAAGUUUUUUAAAAUAUGUUGUUUCCCCUCCCCUCCCCUCCCUAAUUUGUAACACUAAGGCUUCCCAUAUGAGGAUUUAUUAGGACCAGCUUUAUGCUUACUGUACCUCUGUUUUGUAUUGAACGUACUGUAAUGUUAACAUCAGCAGAGGCAAAGUGACCGCAGUGAGAGGUAACGGCAUGCUAAAUAAUGUGUGCUUUUCAGCUUUCUUAUUCAAACGUCAGGCUAGAUGGUUUAUGCAGGAACCUCGCCUAGGCCUGGCGGCUGUAUUUCCCCCUCAUAUAUAAAACUGUCGGAGCUCAGACGUCAUGUAAAAGCAUCCCUGUCUGUGACUUUGUACACAUAAAAAAAAAAUCAUGACAAACAAGUGCUAUAACGCUAUAUUGAAAGAAGUUAGGAUUCAAAAUGGAAUUCCAUCUUUUCUUGUUUGUGAAAUAUUUUAGUUUGUGUAUUCCAUGGGUUUUGAAUCUUAAAGACGCAUAUUCGUAACCCCCCACAUCUUUUCUGAAAGGGUUGUUUUGAUUAUGUGAUAAUUAUAACUUUGCAUCAGUUCCUAGGCAAGUGUGAGUUCUGUAUUGGUGGUGUGCUUGACGAUUUACCCCUUUGCUGCGCAGUUGCUUUCAUGCAACCUGAUCUGCUGUAAAGUUUGUCUUACCCAGAGAGAUUGCUUCCCCCCCCUUCCAGUAAUGCAAAUCCUGAUGGGUCAGCUUUCCCUGGGUGAAAAUUAUUACCCAAACCAUUGACCCAUGUUAAAAAAAGAAAAAAGAAAAAAAGCUGACUGAAAUACAAUGCUGCCUCUGGUAUUGAAUAGUGUUUUUGUAAACAAAAACACUUGGGUUUUGUAGCUAUUAGGUUGCCCCAAUUUGAUUUCAUUAAUGUAUAGCCAUUUUCUUUUGUUAUGAGGUGGAAAGGCUGGUGAUAUUUACUUGGUCAGGGUGUGUUUUACGUUUUAGCACGAUUUAGCACGUUUUAGCUCAGAAGGAACCAGCUGUCCUUUCCCAGUUUUGUUUACACAAAUAUGCUUCAGCUGCUUUCGUGCACUGCUUGGACCGGGCCAGACAUUUUGAAUGUCCAGCUUUAUUUUAAAUAGCCUUUUUGCAUUUAGUAUUGUCAUACCUAUUAUUUUAUACUAAACCGCUUUGUCAUUGUUGGUCCAUCUAAAAAAAAAAAAAAAAAAUGUUAUGUUAAAAUAAUUUUUUUUGUUGUAACACAAUUAAUUUACCAUUUACUUAUUCAGACCUGUUCAGUAUUGGGUAAAACCUGUAGUCUUGGAACUCAUGUGAAUAACUGCUUUACUUUGUGUUGCAUCAACCCAUUAUUUUUAAUUGUAUUUACGAAAUAAGGAAAUGUGAAUUACCGUAGUUUUCGUUUUAAUUUUUGUUCAGUAUUUUUCUAUUCUAAAAUGAGAUGCGCAAAAAUAAAACCAUUCAGAAUGUA